AUUCUUCUUUUGUGCCAGGAUUUUACUGGUGUACCAGCUGUAGUCACCUUGCUUGUAUGCAUGAUGCCAUGAACAAGCUUGGAAGUGAUUCUAACAAGAUCAAUCCUUUGGUUCCGGUAGAUCUUGUAAUUGAUCAUUCAGUUCAAGUUGAUGUUGCAAGAUCAGAAAAUGCAGUACAGGAAAAUAUGGAGCUUGAAUUCCAAAGGAACAAGGAGAGAUUUGCUUUUCUUAAAUGGUGGUCAAAUGCAUUCCAAAACUUGCUUGUUGUUCCUCCAGGUUCUGGUAUUGUGCACCAUUUACGGGAGCUUGACUGAGCAGCUUCAUCUAUAGAGCUUUAAUAUAUUAAAUUGCAUAUAUAUCUCAAUAUGUUUGAUGUGCAAUUAUGUAUAAUCACUGUAUAAGAUUUUCAU